CCUGAAUCGAGGAAUUUAGAGGCUUUGUUCAAGCUUCAGCCAACCUCAGGCGCAACAUCACCAGCGCUUGCUCCUCGCCAUCUCCCCAACCGCCAGACCUAAUUCAUGCUACACGAAUCUACGUUGGCUCUGCUAGAAUGGACUAUGACGCGAUGAUGAUGGAUGAGGGCGAGUCCCUGGGACCGUCUGUCAAGAUCCAUCACGCCGAUCCGACCUAUGUGUCCUUCGAGAUCAACAACGUCGAUCUCUCCACGUCCAACUCCCUGCGGCGGGUGAUGCAGUCCGAGAUCCCCAUCAUCGCGAUCGACCUGGUCGAGGUCGAGGAGAACACGUCGGUCCUCGCCGACGAGUUCAUAGCCCACCGCCUCGGGCUCAUCCCGCUCAACGCGACCGACGUCGACUCGCUCCUGUACACGCGCGAGUGCGAGUGCGAGCAGUACUGCGAGCACUGCAGCGUCAAGCUGACCCUGCACGCCCGGUGCACCAGCGACGAGGUGAUGAAGGUCUACGCGCGCGACCUGAUCCCUGACCCGGGCCGGCCGAACCAAUACGUUGGCAGCCCCGUCAUCACCGACCCGGAUGGCAACGGGCCCCUGAUCGCCAAGCUCCGGAGGGACCAGGAGAUCAAGCUGACGUGCAUCGCCAAGAAGGGCAUCGCGAAGGAGCAUGCCAAGUGGAUGGCCACCACGGCCGUCGGGUUCGAGUAUGACCCGCACAACAAGCUUCGCCACAUAGAUCUGUGGUACGAGAAUGACCCAAAGACGGAGUGGCCACCGAGCGAGUACGCCUCUUACGAGGACCCUCCUCAGGAGGGCGAGCCUUUCGAUUACGACGCCGAACCAAGCCGUUUCUAUGUCCGGGUCGAGACCGCCGGGGGCCUGCCCCCGGAUUCUAUCGUGCAGGAGGGAGUCAAAGUUCUGCAGCAAAAGCUGGCAGGUCUAAUUCACGAGCUCAACGAGGGCGAGGGAGAUGCGGGUGGUGCUGGGGCCAACUACAACGGGCCGCAGAGCCCCGAGUAUAGCGGAGGGGCCGGUUGGCAAGACCAAGGAUACACGACGCCAUACGGUAACGGGGGGAACCAGAGCAGCUGGGGGGGAGCAGCAGGCGGGACCACUCCUUACGGCACCACGCCUUACGGUAACCCGGGCCAGAGUGGUUGGAGUUGAAAGCGCCGUUCCUAUAAUGCUUGUCCGUCAACCGUCGCUUUUUUUGCUUUUGCACGGCAACCAACGAUAUCUCUUUUGCUUUUGCGGGGAAUCUCUUUUAGAUGGUGCGUGGGCCAGGAGAGUGCUGCCGAACUGGAGUUUACCGGCUUUUGACAUUUGCAUAUGGUCACGGACUGAAAGAGGAAAAAAAGGUUGCUAUACAUUUCAUCCAUGUAUUAUACGGGAUAUGCGCACAGCUGAAGCGCAUACAUAUCAUCACCCCAAGAUCCACGGGGCGAAACAGAUCGGAUUCCGGGAAAGGGUGGUUGAUAUUAGGGGCUGGCAGGGGAUUGUUUAACUCCCUCCCCCCUAUUGCGGAGUUUGUAUUGUACAAUAAGCGUAAAAAGCGCAAAAACUGCCGCUGGAAAACUAAGAGCAGAAUCCUAAAAACAGAGGCUCUCCAAGGGGGUUUCUAAUGCA